UUCGACAUAACAAACGUACAGGACGGCCUUUUCGAAGGAUUCCUCAUUGAACGUGUAAUGAAACAUAUACUCACCGGCCCCUCAUCUGCACUCGCUGGAGACGACUUUCAUGUCUCAAACUCUUGCAAUGCGGUACUUCACAGAAUGAUGGCUGUGGAAGCCGAAAACGUCGCUUAUUCAGCUGUCCAGGCACGCUCUGCAAUUACCUCUCGUGACAAGUGGUCCACGGACGAUGGAAAUUUCUCAUAUCGAAAAUUCUAUUACAGAAUUAUCGACGUCAUUCGCAAUCCACCGGACAAAGCAUGGGCUAUGGCGACUCUGCAACAUUAUAACCUGUAUGUCAAAAUUUUAUAG